UUGUGUUUGAUUUCAAUGAUCAAGCAAUGAACAGGUUUGUUGAGCAUCAGAUGCUCACGACCUUUAAAGAGUUCCGGGCCGACUGUCAUAGACAUUUCAAAAAGUACAGCGACCCGGAGGAGGCUCGUGCCAACCCACCAAAUGCAUUGGUUGGACGUGAUGAGGAUUGGCACUUCCUCUGCGACCAUUAUAUCAGCCGUGCAUUUCAGGAGCAAUCACGGACAAACAAGACUGCUAGACAGAAGCAGCCUUACAAUCAUAGUAGCGGGUCCAAGUCAUUUCUACAACGACAGUAUGAGCUCGCUGAAAGAAGAGGGCAGCCGGUCGAUCGUGUGAAAUUGUUCCGGGAAACACACGUUCGAGCUGGGACAUUCGUGUCGCAGGCCGCCGAGGAUGCGCAUCCUACCCCAGAGGGUAGUCAGCCACUCUCUGAGGAUGAGAUAUGCGAUCAGGUGUUGGGUAGACGACCAGGCUACUCAAAAGGCCUUGGUUGGGGACCCAAGCCGAAGGCCCGCAGAAUGGCAAGUGCAAGCAGUUCGUCGACAUCUUCUUCGCAGUCCACCCAAAAAGAAAUUGAAUUACAAGCUAAACUUCAUGAAGCUUUGGAACGGAUUGAAGUACAAGAUAGAAAUCACCAAGCAUUAGCUUCACAAGUGGAAGCUGUGAAAAAGAUGAUUGAAGACCUAACUUGUGCACAACAGGGACCACCACAUGAUCCCUAGC